CGCACGGUCAGCUGAUUGAAGCGGCACGCGGAAACUCUAAAGUCGUUCCGGUUUGUAAAGUCGUGGCAGCAAGCAGAUCUCCAAAAGCAGCCGGCCUCCGUCCACAAACACCACAGUUUACUGUAGAUAACGGCGCGUUUCUAACGGGACUUUGGAUAUCUGCUCCGAUAGCGUACCGAAAGCCACCGGGACACCGAGAGAAAGUUAUGGCACGCAAUGAGUCGCUGGUCGCUUUGAAUGGGACUCAAAUCUCCUACAUCGGACAUGACUGCAUGAACAUCCCGGACUUCCUUGGAGACACAUAUGGCCAGUUUGCAAGAAGGCUGGAUCUCAGCUUCAAUCUGCUGAGGUCACUGGCGGGUCUCAAAAUGUUCACUGUGCUGGAAGAGCUGGUCGUUGACAACAAUCUGCUUGGAAAUGACCUCCUGUUGCCCAGGUUACCCAAACUCCACACCCUUACAGUGAAUAAGAACCAACUGACUGAUAUCGAGGCCCUGCUGGAACACUUGGCUGAUGUGACCCCGUCACUGGUGUACCUAAGCCUGCUGGGAAAUGAGGCCUGCCCCAACCAGCUGGUCAGCCCGGAUAAGGAUGAGGACGACUACCAGAGAUACAGGUACUUUGUUCUGCACAAGUUGCCCCAGCUGAAGUUUCUGGACACCAGGAAAGUAACCCAAAAAGAAAUGAUGGAGGCGCAGACGAGAGGAGCAUUCAUGAAAGUGGUCAGACCCAAGUCGGAAGCUCCACCUAAUGAGACUGGAUCUGAAAGUCACCCACUGCCCUACACUCCUCUACCCCGAGGAUCCAGAGAUGCCAAGAACCACAAAGGGGUAUUCGCCAAGUGUCGCUCCAUCUACUAUGGCAAGCACUCAGAAGGCAACCGUUUCAUCCGAAACAACCAACUCUGAUGGACAGCUGGUCAGGCACAAAGAGGGACAUGAGUGACAAAGGUUGUUCACAGAAAUCAAUCUUUUAUUUAUUAGAAUGACUGGUGAUAAUCGAGCCACCUGAUCUCCCACUGGACAAAAUAUGUUUAACCUCAUCAAAAGAUUUAGUUGUGUCAGAGGAAUGGCUUUUUGUUGUUGUUUGUAAUCCAGCCCCGUAGUGACGGCUUCCUCUGCUGUGCUGGGUCUGCAUCUGCCUCCCUGCUUCCAGCUCGGAGUCAGAGAUGACACUCCCACUGACAUGAUUGCCUCUAAGCAUCAGCAACCGCACAACGCCAGACACACACAACACACACGCAACGACAGUCUCUGUCUCUCUCUUUUUCGUUCUCUUACACACAGUCAGUGACAAACGCAGCCUGCCAAUUGUAUCCUUUCCUUUGACAGCCAUGAUGGAUCAUCCGUCCACUCCCGCCACUAAUCAAGGGUGAAAGGGGUGACGGUCACACACACCUGGGGCCUGACAUGGACGCAUCUCUCUCUUUCUCGCACACAGGCACACACAAACACACAUAUACCCGCUGAUUAAAACAUUAAGACGUUGCAAAGAGCUUGACAGAACAACGUAACAGGGUUUCCGAAGGCAUGCUCGGUCUAUCUCGAUUAGUUUGCAGCAGACUCCAAAAUGUGUUUCAUUCUUUUUCUCGGACUGAACCGAGUGAUGUUUUGCUCAGUUUCUGCUGAUAGUGUGUAUAUGUUAACACAUGUAGAGACGAAUCAAAUGCAGCUUUUAAUGUUGAAAACAUUCCAAUACUAUUUUAAUGAAGAGCAUAUUAUUAUCAUAUUAAUGAACAAUAUAUAUUUUGUUAUGUAUUAUAGUGCCAUUUUAAUGUUGUUUUUCCUUUUCCCCCCACUGUGUCUUCAACCACUUAAUGACUUGUUACUGAGAUAUUGCCUUCAUUAUUUGCAUUGCAUUGUGAUACAUUGUAAACAAAGAAUAAAACAUAAUCUUCAAAAAAUUGCAUCAAAUGUAAUGUUGAGUGUUUUUUUAGGUUUACAUUUUAUAAUAUUUGUAUUAUCACUAUGGUUUUACAAUGCACUGUCAAUGUAAAUGUAUACUAUGAUUUGUAAUACCUUAUCACAACAAUGUAUAUUGCUGCCUCUUUGAGCGUCUUAGUUCACGUUAGGCAACCUUCCAAUCAAAAAUGUUGACAUGAACGAUGUCCUAUUUCUGACAUAAAAUUGUAAAAAGUUAAUAAAUAAAACUUUUUCUGA